AUGGAUCUGGAAACAGAUUUAAAAGAACUAAGUGAAGAACUUAAAUGCGAUUGUGAAAUUAUAUCUGUAAUAAGACUUCGUCGCUUGAAGAUUGACGGAACUUGGAUAGAUAGCGAAACGGUAAGAGUUUGCUUUAAAGGCCCUACUUUACCACCGUAUGUAUAUGGAUACGGUACAAGGUUUAAAGUUGAGCCAUAUACCUUUCCUGUCACUCAAUGCUCAGGCUGUUGGAGAUACGGUUAUAUUUUAAAAUACUGCCCCAUAAAGAAAAAAUUAUGCCCAAAAUGCGGCGCGGAACAUGACAAUUGUGAAACUACAAACUUUAAAUGUUUAAAUUGUAAAGGUACACAUAUGUCACUAGAUAAAUCAUGCCCCGUUUUUUUGAAAGAAAAAGAGAUACGGUGUAUUAUGUGUAAUGAUAAUUGUUCAUAUCGAAACGCUCUUAUGAAAUAUAAUAACGUGAAAAAUCCAAGAAAGAUAUUAAUAACACAAGAAGACAAAAGUAUAAAAGAAACAACGGCACAAUCAUCUCCAAUACUGACGUAUAAACAAGCACUACAAAAGACACAAAUUCGUCAAGUUACUGAGGAUACGAGUGAGACCGAAAAUUAUAACGUAGAGGACAAUUCCAGAGAUAUUAAUACGCAGAUACAUAAAAAGAAAACAAAUAAAAAUAAAAAUAAGUAUUAUUUAGAGCAAGAAAUGGAAUUGGAAACGGACGUCAACCACGAAACAACACAAAAUUCACAAGAACAAGAAAAUUUGAGAAAGAAGAAUAGGUCAGUUCUAUUAUUAUUAUUAUUACAGAAAUGCAAAGAAAUACUAGCCACUGAAGAAAACUUUGAAGAGAAAAUUAAGGCUUAUAUUUCAAAUAUUAUUGAAAGAAUUAAUAUCAUGUGUAGUUAG